GACGGCAGACAAUGUUGAUUGGCCACAAGACACAGCUGUGAGUGAUGCAAGUCGUGUAUUGACAGGCAGAAGAAUAAACGAAGAGCACAGCUCACCUCACUGGACCACGUCAUAGGCGGUGAGCGAGGCCGAGUCAGGGCGCGCAUCGGCAAGUCCAAGGGCCGACGCUACUACGCGGAGAGCAUGGCAUAGCAAUUCCACAAAGACGCAUCCUGCACCCUCUACCUUCUCCGCACUCAGUCUACUCGGAGAUCUUGCUUGUCCUUAGACGACUGCCAUGCCGAAGCACGCUGUUUGGCCACUUUGAUCCUCCUCGACGACAGCUUUUUUCUGCCACUCCGUCUUCGCCCAUCGCAUUGCACCGCUCUCGCAGCCGCCAUGCCGCCGACGUCUUCUGUUAGAAAGGCCUCGGUAGCCACCACCGACACAAACAACGGCCGUCGUCAAUCUGCUCGUCAACCGCGCACCUCUACUGCAAGGCCAAUCAACUACUACGCUCGCUCGUUUGGCCAGCACUCCAACAACCAUGACAACCAAGACCCUGAUCCGCCAGGCUUCUUUCCUGCCGUACAGUACUUUGCCGACUCGAUUGCUGCUCUUCCACGCGAAGUCCAGCGCCAUAUCACUCUGAUGAAAGAGGUCGAGGCAAAAGUCUAUGGUCCUACUGAAGCCUUGAAGUUUCUCACCUCCAGCAUCCUGAACAAGCCCGCGCCGCUGUCUCGCAAUCAGCCUUCCUCCCCACGCCUGCUGAGUUUCACCGCCCCUCCCAGUGCUACCGCCAGUCUGGCAGGCUCUGUCAUCAACGGAAACCAGCCCGCCACCUUCGAUCAGCGCGUUCAAGACGACCUCGAGUCGCAACAAGACGAACAAGCCGACCACGCAAGGCGAUCAGAGUUUCAGUCACUCCGUCAUGUCAUCGGCAACAUGAUCACGAACCUCGACGAGAAGAACGUUGUUAUGGCCGAAGCCAAUCGCGCUCUCGCCCAACAGCUCGCUCGUCUCGACAGCGUCAUGCCCGAAAUUGAGAACGAGAUCAGCGAAGAGUCACGUUUGGGCAGUCUGACGCAUUGGGCCUACCAAGAUAACCGCGCGAAGAAGCAGACGGCAACCACACAGAACGAGCGCAACAGAAGAGACGUCGCUGCUACCAGCAGUCUAGCCGCCGCAGCUGCCGCGGUUCACGACCAAGACAUUGCCGCAGCAAGAGGAGAAGCAAGACGCGAAACAAAAAAGACAAAUCGUGGCCAACCUGUCGACUCGGACUUUGAUGAUCGUCCAACCAAAAGAGCGCAGACUGGAAAGUCGCGAAAGAAUGCCGACACAGAACCAAAGGCCAGUGGCCUUGGAAUCGCCAAUGGUGUAGCCAACGCUGCCACGACCAAGCGACGCAAGGUUGAGAAGGUUCCCGCUGUAGCUGGCGCCCCGGCUAUGGAGCGUUCUGCAAGCAACAUGAGCACAGUGGCCAAAGCCGCACGAGGCGCUGCCAACACCACCCCGAGAUCAACGCCAGCGGUAGAGACGAUAAAGAAGAAGGGAAAGCCAGGCCCAGCCCCUGGUACUGGAGCUGGAAAGAAAAGGAAUCCCGCUCUUAACCAAAGUACAAACUCUCCACGACUCAACAACUCGUCACCCGUCCUCGGACAUGCACAAUUACAACCAGAGACCCUCUCCAGACCUGCUUCAUCCCGCAUGCGACAGAACUCAAACUCGACCUCCAAUCUACAACACUCGCUACUCCCCGACCAACAAGUUAGUCGCCCGGCUUCAGUGGCCGACAACAGAUCUGUCAAUGGCAGCACGAAUGGACAGUUGGAGUCGCACAUGCCUCCGCUUUCGUCAAGCAAGGUUGCUAAACAGAGUGUGGAAGAGGUGGAAGAAGGCGCCAUGAUGGUUGACGAGCCCGAGCAUAAUAGACACAGGCACAGACCUGAGCCAUUGAAGGACGAGGACGUGACUAUGGAAGACGCCGGUCUAGACGUCCGCCCAGGUCGCGGAUCGGUAACAUGCACACCACGCACAGAGGCAUUCCCCGAUGUGGCCGUGUCACGAACUAGGGGUAGACUCCUCCACAAUGGACACUCUCGUGGCAGUGGUACACCAGACCACUCGAGAUCGGCGCACGACAGAGACAGAAAAAGUCGAGGAAGACGGAAGAGCGGCAGCGGAGCACACAUCCUCAAGCAGAUUGCUAGUUUCAAUCGUAGCCCGGAUGCAGACAGACGCCGCGACGACAGUAAAGGCUCAGACAUGUCUGACGACGAUGGACAUGGCAGAUCGAUCAGACGAAGCCAACCUCCUCGAGUCACGACUAUAUCCAGAAACCGUCGUGAACGUGUGGAUGGAUCUCGGGGAACGACGUCGUCAAGACGGACGGAACUCUCACCCGAAGCAGAAUACGAAGCACCCGAAGCCGAUGCUGAAGCAGAAGUCGAAGCUGAAGCCGAGGCCGACGAGGUGGAACAAGUGGUGGACGAUGAGGAGAUUGAAGAAGCCGAAGACCCAGACGAGCCAAAGUACUGCUACUGUGGUCAAGGUAGUUUCGGUGAAAUGAUUGCAUGCGACAAUGACGACUGCCCGAUGGAAUGGUUCCAUCUUGGGUGUACAGGAUUGCGAGCAGUACCUGGUGAUAACGUCAAGUGGUUCUGUGAUGUUUGCAAGGAGCCAAAGGGCAAGAAGGCCAAGAUGAUGGCCAACAGACAUUGAUGGGCAUGACGAUGAUUUGCGGACAUGGCGUUUAUAGACAGCACAGCAUGAUGGGAAGCAUUGGAUCGAGGGAGGGAAGGACGGUGCAAGGGAUUAUGCAGCACAGGGUAGACAUGUAUCUGGCCGAGAAGGCUCUGAAGCCGAUUGCCGUGAGCGCAUACAACAAAGUGACUCGUCCAAAGGCGGUGAGGCGCGAUCUGGCGGA